UUGUUUCCUUCGUUUCCUAUUUGAGCGUCUAUUUUCCUGUCGUCAGUUUACUCCCUACCUAGGUAUUCAUAGGUUGAUACUUUUUUUAAUGUUAUCUGAUUGCACUUUAUUUCUCUGUUGUUCAGGCCGUCCUUGUUAUUUAUUAUCAUUGUUUUGGUUAUCUCUUAAGCUUUCGUUUCAUUUUUCUGUAUGCCUUACACCUUAUUACUAUUAAUCCAUAUCAUGUGUUCCUUUUUUUGUUCUUCAGUUUUACUACAUACAUCCUUCCUGGCUCUUGGCAUUUGAACACUUCAACAAAAAAAAUUAUAGACAUCAAUUAUUUCAAUCCUAUUCUUUAAUUAAUGUAUGGUAUUAUAUCUCUGUUAUUUGUAGUCUAAAAUCAAUCAUACAAACAAAUAUUUGCAUACAUAUUAUACAUAUAAUAAUUACAUACAAUUGAACACAUCUAAGAUGAACGGAAUUAUCAAUCAGUAGCCUCUGUCCUCCAUAAAUACUGAAAAUGAAAAUAUUAUUUUUUAAGGUCUACUGUCCUUGAGUGACUUAUUGAAAUUUGAAUUGCCCGCCAAAAGUGACAUUUUUCUCAGCCAAAAUUUGGCAACACUGUAUUCCAUCAGGGCGAGUUUUAGCCGCAGCUUAAAAAGCAAUGAACAGACUGCUGCGAUUUAAUCGGUGCGUCGACGACACGAUUUUUCUCGCAAUAUAAGCGACAGCGUUUUUUCAUGUGAUGAACACAUUGCUGCGAUUAUUCGUCGUGACGACGACGUGUUUUUUGUCAUUGAUCACGUUGAACCGAUCACAACAACAUAGUCUAGAAUGGAUUCUUCGGAAUCGGAGGAAGAUUUGAUCUUGCUGGUAGCUUUAGCAGACGAGGAGGAUCAAAGAAAAAGAAAAAUUUGGACUCAUGAGAUAAAUUUGGAAAGACAUCAAAAAGGAGAAUUUCAUACGUUAGUAGUGCCACAACUUCGAAAUGACGAAAAACGUUUUUAUAAAUACUUCAGAAUGAAAAUUGCUUAUUUUGAUGAAAUUGUAAACUUAAUAAGGGAAGAUAUUUCUGAGCUUGAUAUCAAUUUUCGUGAAUCUAUUUCAGCGGAAGAAAGACUAGCCAUUACUUUGAGGUAA